AUGGCAUUUUCCGGUAGGAACCCAUCUGAAAUUAUAUGGAGGGCCAGAAGGAAAUUAGCAGAAGAUCUUCUUCUAAUAGACUCAGAGCUGAUCUUGGAUGUGGCAGAUUCCCACCUGCUCCUCACACAGGGGGAGUUCUUCUCCCUGAGUGAAAUAAAGGAUCCACAAGCAUUUGUGGAAUGCCUGAUCGAGUUAGUGCUGGGAAAAAAAGAAUCAACUCAGGAACUGUUCUUGGACUGCCUGGAAAACCUGAGGCAAGCCUUCCCAAGCCUUCAGCCUAUUUCUGAAUAUGUAGAAGAUGGUGAGUAACACUUUUUAAAACCUGGAGGUGCUUUCUGUUUUUCCGAAGGGUUAAAUUCUCACCUGCAGCAGCACCAAAUUCUCUCUCUGUGUCUUGAAGUCCUCUUGCGCCUUGAAUUUCGUCCAAAGCUGUUAGUGCUGCUUUUGUGAACUUUCAUUUACAUGAUUAUAAGUUUGGGGGGGGCCCUCCACACACCCUAGAAAUUAAUAAAUGGUAGGAUUUUGAUUGAAGGGAGAAAUACAAGUUGCAGAGGAAUUCCUGAACUAAUUUAUGCAAAACGACCUGGCCAAGCUAGGGCCAUUAAGAAACAAUACAGGGGGAUUGAGGGCCUUUGGCAAUGCAAGAAAAUUGUCCUUCCUUUCAUCCCAGGUCAGGGAUUUGGAAGGUUGCCAGGAUAACUGUGUGUGGUUUGGCUUGGUUUUCAAGCUCAGUUAUGGCAAUGAGUUUCUCUGCCGGCUGGCCUGUGCUGGGAAAAGGGUAAGGGGAAGGCAAGCCUGAUAGUUCUCCAGGACCUCUCAGAUGCUUUGGAUUUUGCUUCAACACAGGGUGGAUUUGAUUUAAAUCAAAUCAAUUUAAAUUACUAGUCAGUAAGACUUGAUUUAAAUCUUCUUUUUUUCCAGAAAGACUCAUUCUUGCUAGUAUAAUCUUAAUCUUUACAACCAGAUGAAGGUUUCAUUUUUGGAAUAAUAAAUUUUCAGAGUAGUUUUUACAGUUAUAUCAAAAAUUACUGAUUUGGUUAUACUAUUAGAAAUACAUGGACAGAUAAUUACAAAAUUAUUUUGAGGUUUAAUAAGUUAGCUGUUUAUAUUUGGAUAACUUUUCUGCUGUACGUUACUGGAAGGAGAAAACUAAUCAUUUCCUUAGUAACAAUUUUUAAAAAUUAUUUAACAAAAACAAUAACAUUAUAGCAUAUGUAUCCAUGUUUGUUAACUGAUGUGGUUAAACAACUUUUUUUAAAAACAACAACAACUUAGAGUUUUAGCACACAUGAAAAACUUAAAGCAAAUCCUUAUUUCCUGAUGAAUAGCCUUUGGACUAUAAUGCAACUUAAACAGGAAACUAUCUUUAGAAAGAUUUUUCCUCCAAAAGCAUUUUAUUUUAAAAAUGAAAUUUAAAUUAAAAAAUCUGAUUUUUUUAAAAAAAUAUUUUUUAAAAAGCAUUGGUUUUUAUCUACACUGCUUCAACAGGAGUCAUUGGGCAUCACUUUCAGUUAAUUGUAAAAGGAAGGAAAUUGAAUUUGUAAUGACGAAGUAUUGAGCCCCCUCCCCAAAUCUGACCUUUUUGUUUAGUUAUUUAUUUAUUUUUCAAAAAAUUUUAUUAGUAUUUUACACAACAACAACAGCACGAAAAAUAACAAUACACAACACACAAAAACCGACAUUCGAAAAACUAAAAGUUAUUUGUUUGGUUUUUUAAAUCUGAUUCUUUCAGAUCACUUGAAUCUCAGGAAUGACCUUCAGGUCCCAGACUCUGUUGAAUUCUCAGGGGAAAGAAGUGGAUCCAAGAGCAUGGAUCUGGCUAGAUCUGAAAACCAGGAUGCUUCCCAGUCCCAAGAGGGCGUAGGAGAGGUUGAGACUAUAGGUUUUCCUGUAUCCUCAGAGGCAGGAAGUGGAUCUCAGAGCCCAGAUGAUGCUGUUAUGCUUCCAGGAAAUGCAAGCAGCACUGAGGACCCAGAUGCCAGUCUCCUGCUCUCCAGCAAAGAAAGAGAAGUCAAGACUCCAGAUGCCCCGGAUGUAGCUAAGAACCCCAGUGCUGCUGCCAUGUCCACAGAGAAUGGAGAUAGAGAUGAGGAUCUAGAGAGCUCUUCAUCUCCGUGGAUAGGAAGUGGGGCUAAGAGCCCAAGUGCCCCUCUGUCUUCCAGCAAAGGAAGUGGAGCCAGCGAUGGGAACUGUGGCAAAUCUGAAGGGACAGGAAGUGGAGUAGAAAUUCCUGGCAUCUCUGCAUCAAAGAGAGAAGAAGAGGGAGCCCAACAACUGGAUUGCUCCAAGAGAAAAAGGACAAGCAGUUCUCCCACGAGAAGGGAGAAAUCUGAGAACUCAAAAGGAGGUUUGUAUCCACAAUAAAGGGAACUCUGGAUGGGAUGAGUUGUUGCUCAGUAGGCCAAAGCCCCAGUUGUAAUAAAUCAAAGACUUCCCAUAGCAAAAGUGAAUUUUUAAGAAAGUCGCUUAAAACAACUGGAUAUGUAAAUCUGACUCCAGUGUAGCAUAUAUUUUGUGUGCAGCUUCCGUUUCCUUGCUGUAAACCACUUUAGUAGUGGUGUUUCGGGCACAAAAAUCUGGGGAGUAACAAUCAUAUAGCCAAAUACAUACCUCUUCAAGGUAAAAGGACCCUUUACCAUUAGGUCCAGUUGUGGCCGACUCUGGGGUUGCAGCGCUCAUCUCGCUUUAUUGACCGAGGGAGCCGGCGUACAGCUUCUGGGUCAUGUAGCCAGCAUGACUAAGCCGCUUCUGGCAAACCAGAGCAGCGCACGGAAACGCCAUUUACCUUCCCGCCAGAGCAGUACCUAUUUAUCUACUUGCAUUUUGACGUGCUUUCGAACUGCUAGGUUGGCAGGAGCAGGGACCGAGCAACGGGAGCUCACCCCGUCCUGGGGAUUCGAACCGCCGACCUUCUGAUCGGCAAGUCCUAUAUACUUCUUAGAAGCAAAAUAAUUAUAUACACAUGGAUGUUUAAUCUGUAGCACAUCUACUGGCUGCAGAAUCUUGGCUCUUGAUGCAAAAACCUGGUAUUAAGUUUCUUUUUUCCUUGACAUUACUCAGGUAUAGAUAAACCAUAUUUUGAUGACCGUGAAGACCCUGAUUUCUGUGCGUUCAUUAAAAAAAAAAAUGUAUGCAUAGUGCCAAUUCUCAUUUUCCAGUUUUUAUCUAGGCACUUAACAGCUUGUAAGUGCAUGAAUAUAAGGUUGGGGCCAGGGUCCGUGGGCCUGAUCCUGACACUCUCUACACAUUCAUCUUAUGCAGAGCUCUAAUUGUACAGGGUUACUGAAGAUGUUUGUUGGUGCUUUCUUGAUUUCUCGGCACAGCCUUCUUCCAAACCUCAGAGGAUCUAGCCAGGAUGCAGCUGAUGAAAGCAACACCUAAAUUAACCCCAGCUGAAAAGAAAUCCUAUUCCCAGAAGACAAAAGGGAGUCUGACGGAGGAUGUUCCUAAUGAAACAACCAUCAAAGGGUAACGUCUAUACUUAAAUUAUCAUCAAGAUUUUGAUUUGUAAAAACAACAUUAUUGGGUGAUUUAUGGGUCCUCUAGAGCAGGCUUCCUCAACCUCGGCCCUCCAGAUGUUUUGAGACUACAAUUCCCAUUAUCCCUGACCACUGGCCCUGCUAACUAGAGAUGAUGGGAAUUGUAGUCUCAAAACAUCUGGAGGGCCGAGGUUGAGGAAGCCUGCUCUAGAGAACUGCUGUUAUCUUCCCUCUUUUUUUGGUUUUGUCUCCAUUAAGGUUGUAAAUUUAUUAGAAAAAAUAAUAAUCACAAGGGCGUUAAACAGCCACUUGAUCUGCAGAAACAGGCACCGUCAAACUUUUCUGGCAUUGAGGGCAAGCUGGACCACUGGCUUGGUUUGUUUUUUGCUAAUUAGUCUGCUAAUUAGCUAGGAACAGGGCUGAUUAAAAAAGUUGGCACUUUAUUUUAGAAUUCUGUUCUCUAGGGCUGAAUUAUUCAAUCACUUCAGUGUUGCUCUUGAAAUAUCUCUUACUCCUACAUAUGAGUACCUGAACUUUCCCCUUUGGAGGCUCUGCUGUGUGUGUCACCAGCAUCUUCUCCCAACUGGGGUGAUGACUUUGCCUGUCUCUCCAUCCUGCCUGUUAUUUUUCUGGUCUGAAAAGAUUCAGGGUCCUCUUAAGGUGGCUCUUGGUUAAGGGGAAGUGACUAAGCAGAGACUUGGUGUGGGAUCCACUUUGAAAUCAGUCUCAAGAAUUAUCAAGAUUCUCUUGUUUUCUCCCCUUGAGGCUGAGCGUGUAGUGAACUUCUCUUACUUGCUUAGAAGGUGCAGAUAAAAUAGGAGGCUAGCAAAAUCCAAGAAAAGAAUGUCUUCCUUAAUGUAUCGGGGAGGGAGACAGAAGGAAGCAACUCAUUCCAAAGUGAAUUUAGGAUGGGGGCGGGGAAGCUAGGCUCACAACCACCCUGUAAAGUAGGUUAGGCUGAUGGGUUCAUAGUUCAGUUGCUCUUUAACCUCAGAUAGUCAUUCUUCCCCUAAUGAAGUUAACUGUAGCUGUGUACAUAGCAAACAUUCUCAAUAUAUGACUAGAUUUGGACCAGAGAUCUUAGGAUUUCUCCUAUAUCAGGGGUUCCCAAACUCUGGUCUGUGGAUCGAUUAGCAGUGGUUCACAACCUUCAUUUAGAUGGUCCAUGGCAUGUCCACAGGAAAUAUUCAUAUUGAUUUAUAAUAAUGUUUUAUUUAUGUUUAUUUUUUUUUGUAAACUGUUGUGAUAUUGUUGGCAUUCAUCUGCCUCAAAAGACAAUGGAGUGCACCUCUGGGGGUGAAGCCCAACUGUGUGUUAGCAGAACCAAAGUGACCUCCCCAGGGAAUUACGUUACAUCAGUAUAUAAAUAUAUUUAUUUUUUAUUGGAUUUAUAUACCGCCCUUCAUCAUAACAUCCCAGGGCGGUUCGCAGAAUAUAGGAUAAAACCAAGUAAACAAGUAAAACGAAACAGCAAAACAAUAACACUCCCCUUCCCACAGACACAUUUAAAAGGCUGUAGAAUAUUAAUCAGCCAAAGGCCUGGUUAAUAUAAAUAUUUUUAUAAAUAAAAGAGACAGUGUGGCAUACAGGUCAGAGUCAUAAAUAAAGGAAAUAAAAGAAACAAUAAAAUUUUGGGUUCAUUUUAUUUUCACUGGGUUAGAGGGUGGGGAGUUAAAAAACAUUUUGACUCCUGCUAAUGUUGGGAGAAAAUGGCUGCCCGCUGCAGUGAGGUAAGCCGGGACUCAAGGCAGAAAGGAACGCCUUAGGCCCUCCUUUGGCACCAUCUUUCCCUGUGUCAGUCUUCAUUUCUUAGUACAGAAAGUAUUGAUCUGAUGUGUAGAGAUCUUUCCUAUUCUGAUUAGUUCAGGAAUGUUCUAGAAGGUUUAUUUCUAUGUGAGAGAAACAGGAAGGUUUCUGAUGUAUUGGUUAUUUCUCCUGGGAACUGUGUACAGCUGGUUUAAAUUCAUUCUGCUGUUUCUGUCAAGGUUGAGCUGACUAUAAUAGUGAGGCCAGGAGGAGCCUGGCUCUCACUCUUAUUUUCUCUUUCUUUGGUCUCAUAUUCUCUUCUGUAUGCUUAGUGUUAAGGUUAAGUCUUAUUAUAAGUUUCUAAGUUUUAUAUCAAGUGCUGCUGUGACGGGUACGUUGCCACUUUUCCCCCUCACGCCAUUGGGCCCACUCUCACUCAGAUGAAUUGCCCCCACCUCACUGAACAACCCUUUACCCAAAGGUUUUUUCCCCCUUCCCUCACAAAAUUCUAGCCCAGAGUAUCCUGUGGAGGAUCUUUGUGAGGGGGUAAUUAGUAAGUUGGAGUCUCAGACAGAUUUUCUUUUUUAUUUUUUUAUAAGAUAUUUAUUAAGAUUUUUUAAAAUAUUACAAUAAAAAUGAAAAAAAAAUGACAAAAAUACAAAAUAAAAAUAGUUAAAAACAGACAGAUUUUCCAUUACUUAUUUUCCUUUGACUUAUUUCCCGGACCUCCUCAUACCUCCCUUUUUUGUGUUCCACUUCAAUCUGUUGGUUCAGCAAAUCCUUUAAAAAUAAUAAUAUUAAAUUUUUACCUAUUUAUAACCCUUUUUUCAUAUUCCCUUAAAGCAUUACAGCUGGAAACCACUUAAUUACUAUCCAACAUCAUUCUAACAUUCAUUAAUUUUACAAUAUUUCUGUAGAUAAUCUUUGAAUUUCUUCCAAUCUUCUUCCACCCAGAUUUUCUUUAAAUAAACAAUAAAAGAUUUAUUUAAGGCAAGAUAGUAUAUAACACAAAUCGAUUAAACUUAGGUUACUUCAAGAAUACAGUGCGAUUUCACUUUAAUUCAUCCUCGGUUGUUUUUGCGUUAUAGGUUUGGUUCCUUUAUACAGUGAUACUUUCUUUCAGUUAUCCACCCCCUUUAACACUCCUGCUCCUGAGGUACUUUAAGUAAUAGACCAAAGGGCUCUCCACUCCUGCUCCUUUUACUGGGUCUGGGGGUUUCUUCUUUUCCUAAGAAGAAUUUCUCCCCUCCAGGCUAGAUUUGAGUCCCAAGUAGGCUGUUUCUUUCCAGCUCCUACUUCUCCUGACUCAACCUCAACCUCCCAGUAAAAUUCCUGUCUGUUCCUCCUAUAGGACACCACACUCUGUCCUUCACAAUCCACUCAGAGUGGAAGUUGAUUUUCCAGAACCAACACUUUGUCUUAUUCACUCUUUAUACCUCAACCUGUCUCCUAACCUGUCUCCCUCAAUUCCAACCCUCUUUCUCCCUUAACUCUGUAAUAAACGAAAAUCUGCCCUUAUUCCCUUAUGGGGGACACAAGAGCCCUUUUAGAGUCCUUUGCAGGUUCUCCAUUGGUCGGAGAAUGUAACAGAGGCCAACCAGAGAUUUUUGAGAAGCAAAGCAGCGAGUAAGCCUGAUCUUUAUUGAACUGUUGCAACAGGGUGCUCCCCUCACCCACAGGAAAGGAGGAGGAACCCAGAAUAAUGACGCGCAAGGCCUUAUAAAGACUUUUGAAAUUGCCACCCUGUAGAUCAAGACCACCCCCAGAAACAUCAUACAUACAUCACAGAAUGGGUGUAGCUUAAGAUCACCCCCCAGGCACAUCAUACCUACAUCACAGAAAGGGCAGGCUACAGCAGAAAUCUGAGUGGUUUGUUUACCUCAUAAUCUGAGUGGGUUGUUUACCUCCUGUCUGGCAAGUUACCUGUUAAUGCCUACUUGAUUGAUACCCUGGGGAGCCUGGCCAGUCUUUUGUAAUGAUAAAUACUUAGUUCCUGAGCCAAGUCACAGGCUCACCCUAUUCAUACACAGACAUACCCUUAAGACAGGAUUUGUGAAGGAAAAGACAAUGGGGAGGCUUUUCCAUUUGACUUUGCAGAGAAAACACCUGGUCAGUUUGGGAGUCAAAAUGGCUUCAUGGCUGUCGUCCUGUGCCGCUUCAGACAUGUGGUUUAUAUAUUUAUGUACGUGUUUGCUUGGUACAUUUAUGAACCUUUAUUAUAUACAUAAGACCUUAAUUUUUUAUUUCAACUCCUAACCCUUUGACCAACUCGCUCCUCAAAUCAAAAUUUUAAACUCUCCCUCCUGGAACCACGGUCAAUCACAGGCUGCCAUUCAUUAACCAUUUGCUGGCAGGGAAAGGAAAGAAAAGAAACACUUGUUGAUUCAUCCUGUCCAGCAAAACCGACUUUUUCAUCACAGCUGCAACUGGAUUUUUAUGGACUGUGCCAAUCCUGAAUGUAUUGGAUGUGCGACCAUUAUGCUCAUUUGCCUUCAGUAGCAGUAAAGCUCUGCUGGAUGAAGUACAAUUGCCUCUAGUCUAUUUUUUGGGAACUCUGCUGUACGUGUUUAGGUUUCUUCCUGCUCCCCCUUCCAUGAGCGACAGUCAGUACCCAGCCCAACAUUCUUAAGAACAUAGACUAUUAACCUAAAAAUGGAUUAGAUGGUUUAGUACGUAGUAGAUACCCAUGAUGAUAGCAUCAUUCCUAACCAUGAGCGUAGAUUCACUAGCAGCUAGGCAGACAGUUUGCCAGAUCAGGCUGCAGUCCUCCCAGCCCCAUUUCCCUGUGAAGGAAGAGCCAUUGAAUGCAAUAAGAUUUCAUUCUAUGCAGAGACGGUGAGCAUUGGAUUGUUCCUUAAUCGGCAUGCAUGAGUGAAAAGAGUUCCUCACUAGUUCUAAUGUUUGUUUCCCUUUUUCCAUUAAUCAAUAAAAUACAUUUAUUCUACCACAGAUCAAUGGAUUCAGUGAUGGUCUCUGGUGGUGAGAUAAUCCGCAAGGCGAGAAAACAAUUAAUUGAAAUCCUCCAGAAGGACCUAGAACUUGUUCUAGACGAGUUAUUCUCCCAGUCCCUUAUCACAGAGGAAGAAUAUGAGGCCUUAGACAAAACCGAGGAGGAUUCCAAGAAGAAAAUUCGGAAACUGCUGAUAAUGAUACAGAAAAUGGGAGAAAUAGCCUGUGGCAAGUUCCUGGAAUGUUUAGAAAUUGCACGUCCAGGUUCAAAUCAGGUUCUGCAAAAUUCAAUACAUGGUGAGUCUGAAUAAAACUUUUUUUAAAAAAUGUUUUAUUACAUUUAUUAUAUAAAUAUUACGUACAUGCCAAAAAAAGAAUAGUUACACAAAUGCUACGAGUUCCUGAAUGCCAAAAUGCUACUAAAGAAGAAAAAUACAAAAAUUAAGAAAAUGAUACAUAUUGAAAAGAAAAAAAGAGAGAGCAUUUUUUUUUUAAGUCAAAAGGAAAAUAGAAAAGGUUGACUUCCUUUGACCCACUAUACAGUUUAUAUGAUCUCAUAUCUUUAGUUGUGUGUAAUCAUUUUGCAUUAAUGGAGAUACUGUUUAUUUACCUGUGGAAUUUUUAGUCUAGACUAAGCCAAUUAUAAUUUUGGGAACUGAUUUUCUUCAUGUAAUUUGCAAAGACAUCCCAUUCUCUCCUGAUUUUAUCACUUGGUUGGUUUCUUACCAUUUCUGUUAAUUUUGCCAGUUCGAGGUAUCCGCUUAAUUUUAAUAAUCAUUCUUCUUUUUGAACAAAACAUUUUUUAUCAGUUUACUUUUCUGAGAUCCUUAGGGAAGAGAGAUGCCUUGCUGUGUGUUUUCCCAAAUAUGAUCUAUGAGAUGGUGGAACAGCACCUCUUAAGUACCGUAUAUACUUGAGUAUAAGCCGACCAGCAUAUAAGCCGAGGCACCUAAUUUUAGCACAAAAAACUGAGGAAAUGUAUUGACUCGAGUAUAAGCCGGUUCACCACACCACAAACCUGGUGGUGGUGGCAGCGGCGAGGAAUAGCAAGCAGCCUGAAAGGACCCCACUCAAGUAUAAGCUGAGGGGAGCUUUUUCAGCAUAAAAAAUGUGCUGAAAAAAUCUGCUUAUACUCGAGUAUAUACGGUAAUUCCUUUUCGCAAUUCUUCAGUGGUUCAGUGAGCAAAGCACAAAGUAUUCUCUCAACUUACUGGUAACUGUUAAGUUCUGUAUAGUCAGUGCUCAUUGGUCUGUGUUUUGUUUUGGAGCAGGGUUACCCCUUUAGUUCUUAAAAAAACUACUUUGUUUCUCCCCAGGCAGAAUAAUUUCUCUGUCUUGUAACCCUGUUUGGGCUACCUAGCCUUUGUAUUCACUAGUUGAGUUUGCUGUUAGACAAGAGACAUCAUUCGGCAAGUGGAAUCCCAUGGAUAUUAGUAAUCAGUAAUGUCUUCAUUUUACAUUUUUGUUUUAACCACAUGUCCCAAAGGCAGAUGAACUGCGGGGCGGGACUUUCUCACCACCCCAGCUGCAGCAGGGAAAUUAGGAAACAGGAGUGGUUAGUGUAUUCUUUAAAAGAGAUGCUAAGAGGAGACUUGGACUUUCUGUUUUACCUUAUCAGGUCUCAUAUUUGCACAGACAGCUUAUGCAUUCAGAUGGCCAUUGCAGUUCUACAUCCACAUCCCCAGUUAAUGGCAUACCAACAAGUGGCUUGUUGUGGUUUGCUUUAGAAUAUUUGUCGUCAUGGCUUUUUGGACCAGGAAUCGUAGAACUGUGCUGUUGGAAGGGAACUAAUGUAGCUUAUAUUUUUCUCCCUAGAGCGUUUGCCUCCAGAGGAGAAGACUGGAAGCCCAGGAGUAUUGGGAGAGACAGAAGAAGCAGUUCCCAAAGGUAUCUCCUUUCGUGAUCGGGGAGGGGGGCAUUUGGUUGUUACUGGUUUCUUCAAAAUAGGUCCUGCUGACACCCUGGUCUAAUUCUGCUUUCCUGCUUAGCCUUUCCAUAAGCAAGCCGGGCAGGAUGGGGCAGCCUGGUCUCUGCUGAAGGGAGGAAGAUUCCUCCUACCUCUGAUGAAGUUUGGAUCACCGUCUCCAGACCAUUCAUUUAAAGUAUAUGGCUCCCCCAAAGUAUCCUGGGAACUGUAGUUUAUUAAGGGUGAUGGGAGGGGGUAAAAUACAAAUCCCAGGGUUCUCUGGGGGAAGCCAUGGCUGCUAAAGCAGUAUAGAUAGGCUUUAAAUGUAUGGUGUGGGUGUGAUUUUCAAAUCUCCUUUCCCAUCCAGACUUGUAGCAGAGUAGGAAGCUAGUUGAUUGGAUUCAUGAGAAGCACUUUAGUUAAGCAAUCCAGCCUGGCUUGUCCAGAUUGGAUUUCUUCCUGGUAAAUCCCCUUUUGUUCCCUCUUAAAAACAACAAUGACACAACAGUCUUCUUUAAAAGUAAUGAUAAGGCUUACUCACAUUCACUCCACAGUGUGAUUCUGAAGGUAGGCUUUAGCUUGUAGUUACAGUUACAGAGGAAAGUGUGGGUUCAUCCUCUUAUGAGGGAUGAGCCCAUGUGCUGCUGGCUGAGAGCCAGCACACAGCAAAAGAGCAUCGAGAUAGUACAUGAGGAAGAGCAUCAAGAGGAAAAAAGGGAAAGAUGGCUGCGUGACCAGCCCUUUCAUGGGGUCUCCCAGGGUCACGUCCAUCUACCUGGUCACACUCAGGGGGAGGAUGGUCCAGACCAGGUGUGACAGGAAGUUCUCAGCAACAUUCCCGUGUGUCUACUCUGGGCGAACAGGAAAUGUUGUACUUGACUGCUUUUGUCAUCUUACAUCCCACACAAAGCACCCAUUAUUUCAGCAGGUUCACAAUAAGCCAUAAUUUAUUUUAACUAAGGCUUCCCUGUGACAUGAACAAGGCCUAUGACUGCAUUUUCACACAACAUUAAAUCAUAGUUCUUUUAAACUAUGGGUUAACACACACAAUAGUACCCCCCCCCCGGUACAACAGAGGCAAGACACAGUAGGGCUUGUAUCAUUCAUAUUCAGCUUAUGAUUUGUUUGCUCCCAACAAACACCAAGCAAUAAUCUGGGAAUCCAUGGCUUAUUCCUGAUUUACCACUUGAGCCAAGUUUGCAUGCUGCUAUAAUGAGCCAAACUCUCAUUUGUUUCUGCGGUGGGCUCUGGGAGAAGGGGGAAAAGAACAAGGGGGGGGAACAAUAUGCCCAUGGGCAUUAAACCAUAGCUUAAAAUCAACUGUUUUAAGUAAACUAUGGUAUAACAUUACAUGGUUAAAGGUUUGUGUGUGUUUCUAGUCCCUGCAGGACAAGAGAAAGAAGAUGAGCUUGAGUCAGAAGCAGAGCAAAAAAAGAAACAUGCUAGCAAAGGUAUUUCUGUCUUUUGCACCUUAAUUUUGUAUCCUCACUACAGUGGAGGGUGGAGCCAUGUUUCCAGAUAGCAUCUUAUCCAGACAUUCCCCAGUUAUAUCAGGUGUUCGCAGUCCAUUGCCUUUAGUCUUGUUUCAUUUGUUCAGAGAAACAUAUUAAUCUAGGUUACCCAUUUUAUGAUUGCAGAAUUUCAUUUUUCUGGUUGCAGAAUCUGGAAAUCCUGCCACUUGGUUAAUGCAGCUUUGGCUAAUAUGUUGCCCUUAAGGGAAGUUGAAGUUACUUCUUGAAUGAAAAUUUCUGGGUUAGGGUAAACUCAGUUUCAUUAUCAGAUGACUAGCUUUAUUGUUUGAAAUGGUUUAUUUAUCAUGUCAGGAAUAUGAUAAUUCCCAUGUGUUUUCUUCUCUCAGGGCCAGCCCACCGGCGGGUGGUGCCUUAGGCAUCGUGUGUGCUGUAGCAGAUAGCAUUUUCAGUUUUCCCUCGGGCAGCAAAAGCUGACUUCUCUCAGUUGCUUCCACUGCCCUAGUAGUAGCUGCCUUCUUUCUUAAUAAAUGCAUGCAGUGUAAAUACUGUAGCAACCCCUUGUACGCAAAAGAGAAAUGUACCAGGGUGUGGGCAAGUGUGGUAGAGAAGAAAAAGAUGCAGAGGCUAAGAGCCAAAGUCCAUGUGACAUUACACACAUCGCUUGCACUUGCAUUGAUUUUUUUUUUAAAAAGAGAGUCAUUCAAUUACAUUGUUAAACACACAUUAGAAAAUUUGGCACUGAAACAGUAAUCUUGGAUACACAUGGGUGCAAAAAGAAUAAUACUUAUUUUCUAAUGGUUCUGUAGAAGGAAGAAAAGCGCUUAAGAACAUCAUUGCUAAGUUGAAGUUUCGGAAGUAUUCAAGCAAGAAACUUGCCCUGAAAGAAAUUCUGGAAAUCAGUUCUGGAAAUCUAAAAGACUGCAGCCCGUGUACAUUGGGAGACUUGCCUUGGCAUUUUCUGAAGAAGGUCUUGGCUUUGAAUGUGACAGCCAGGAGCACAAGCCUUCAACAUGAAACACUGGACAAUAAAGGAAUGCCGUUAAAGGAGAAGGAAAAAAGGAUUGAUGAGAGAAUCUUCUUUGAUACCAAAACAGAUGAGAUAGAUUCUGUGAACCCCCUUGAUGUCCUUUGUGCUGUUCUGCUUUGUUCUGACAGUUUCCUCCAACAGGAGAUCCUCCUCAAAAUGUCCAUGUGCCAGUUUGCCCUGCCUUUGAUUCUGCCUCCCCUCAAGACCUCCAAGUGCACCCUGAUGCUCUGGGCCAUGAGGGACAUUGUGAAAAAAUGGAGGCCCCAUUCCUUGGCUGAAAGCAGAGGCUUUAAGGAGGACAGCCUGGUACUGACACCCAUGCCAACUGUUUCUUUUGUACGGAUGGGGAGCUGUAACCUAUCUAAGUCCAAAGUCCUCAACGAGUUCCUCAGCCCUUCUCAGCAGCAUAAUGAUUUCUUUCUACACCGAGAUAUGGAGUGUGGGAACAUCCCUCGGGAAAUUGCUGAUGGGCUUGUAGAGAUUGCCUGGUAUUUCCCAGGAGGACGGACAAACACAGAUCUCUUCCCAGAGCCAGUUGCUGUUGCAAAUCUCCGUGGAGAUGUUGAGUCUCACUGGGUGCAGUUCAGCUUUUUAACGCAGGUCUCCUCAGCUGUGUUCAUAUUUGCUGAAUGCAUUGGCGACAGAGAAUAUACUCUCUUGUCAUCACUGAAGGACUUGUCAACUCAGUUCUACUUUAUCUUGGAAGGUCGCAGUAGAAAAUCUGAUUGUACCUUGGAGUUCUUAAAUAAACUGGCACCAGUGAUUAAACUUGACAAUUCACAUAUAUUGGUAAAGAAUGCCACAAUGAAUAAAGCAGUAUUUGUAGAACUCCUUCGAGCUGCAGUUGGAAAAAUAAUAGCCUCAAAUCCUAAGUGUGUAAGUAUUGAUAAGAUGUGUACAACAGCCCAUGAACUUACAAUCCAGGUCGAUGAAGACCACAAAGAAUGUCAGGAUGCCCUCAGAUGUGCCACCGAAAUUUCUGGAGAGAUAAAAGAUGUAGCAGUUUAUAAGAAAGAAACACUGAUACUCCAAGGUGAUCUCUGGAAGAAUCUGGCCAAAGUGGAGAAAGAACUAUGCAGAAUGGAAAGGCAAGGGGACAUGCCUUCGGAAAAAUACAGAUCAGAAUUGAGAGGCAGAUGGUUGGAACUGCGUAGGCAGCAGAGUCAAUGUGAUCUCACCAUUGGUUUGAUUAAUUUCAUCCACGGCAUAAAACAUUUGAAGGAUGCAGAGAGGAAUUAUUUCUUGAAAUGGAUGAAGUUCAACCUGGACCAUAUUGCUAGGGGAAAUCUUUCCAAGUUACGUGCUGACUAUAAAGAGAAAUGCAAGAAGUUAGGAGAUGAUGGGCGGAAGAUUGCAGAGGUAGACCAGUUGAUAUCAUCCUCUUCCUUGGGAGUUGAGCAUUUCAUGCGUGAGCUGGGGCAGUUCUAUGAGGCAGAAUGCUCAAUGGUUAAUGAGGGCAAAAUAGCUAAAAACAAAAGGCAGUUUGCCCAUUUCCCAAGCAUUGCAGCUGAACUACUGCUGGAAGGGUUUCCCCUGGAGCUCAUUGAUGGUGAUGCAUCCAAUAUCCCCCUGCAGUGGAUAACUGAUGUUCUGAAUAAACUCAAUAACAAAUUAAGGGGACAAUCCAAGAUGAUGGUGAUAACCGUUCUGGGGGUGCAGAGCACUGGGAAAUCGACCCUUCUGAACACCAUGUUUGGCCUGCAGUUUGCUGUCAGCAGUGGGCGGUGCACACGAGGUGCCUUCAUGACGCUUCUUAACAUCAGAGAGAAUAUGGUUCAGGAACUUGGCUGUGACUUCAUCCUGGUGAUAGACACAGAGGGCUUGAAAGCCCCUGAACUGGCCAAACUGGAAGACAGCUAUCAGCAUGACAAUGAGUUGGCCACUCUAGUGAUUGGGCUGAGCGACAUCACCAUUGUCAACAUGGCCAUGGAGAAUGCCACCGAAAUGAAGGACAUCCUGCAAAUUGUGACCCAUGCCUUCCUCAGGAUGGAGAAGAUUGGGCAAAAACCCAACUGCCAGUUUGUUCAUCAGAACGUCAGUGACGUUUCUGCACAUGACCAAAACAUGAGGGACAGGAAGCAUCUUUUGGAACAGCUGAAUGAAAUGACCCAGGCUGCAGCAAAAAUGGAAAAACUCAAUAGGGAUAUCAAGUUUUCAGACAUCAUGGACUACGACCCAGAAAUGCACAAUUGGUACAUUCCUGGUCUUUGGCAUGGAGUCCCACCAAUGGCCCCAGUCAACAUGGGUUACAGUGAAAAAGUCCUUGAAUUAAAGAAGUACAUAUUUGAAUUCAUAAAGAACCGCACAUGUAAAAUACCUCCCAAGGACAUCCCUCAGUUUAUUGAAUGGGUGAAAAGUCUGUGGAAUGCUGUGAAACAUGAGAACUUCAUCUUCAGCUUCCGAAACAGCCUCAUAGCAGAAGCUUAUAACCAGCUCUCCAUGAAAUAUUCUGAAUGGGACUGGCAUUUUCGCAGAGAGAUGCACCUCUGGGUAUCUGAACAGGAAACGUCAAUACAGAAUGUUUCUCCCGAUGAAUUUGAUAUACGCAGUUUGCAAAAUGAGCUUUCUCAGAAGCUGUUGGCUGGAGAACAGCAGAUUUUGGAGAAUUUGAAGCAAUACUUUGAAAGCAGAGCAGCAAAUCUGCAUUUGGUAGAAAGGUACAGAGAAGAUUUUGUCCGCAGUGCUCACAGCCUCAAGCAGGAACUUGAAAGUUAUUCUUACAACAAAUGUCAGGAAGCUGUUCGCAUUCAAAAAGGGCUUCACAAGAUUCACUCUCUACAAACUGAAUACUUGAAAAUAAUUGAAGGAAAGGUUGAUGGGCUACUUAAAAAAUGCCGGGAAAAUGAAGAUAGGAUUGAAGAUCAAGAACUGGGAAAAGAGUUUGAAAGAAUGUGGAUGGAAACAUUGUCAGAAAUAUCACCUGUUCCCUUAGAGAAACGACAAAUAUAUGAAAAGGUUGACUCAUAUUUGAGAAGGGAAAUGUCACAUCGAGGAAGUUCAGUCAAUGUAAAAGUACAGGGAGCAAAAUCUUUGUUAAGCUACAAAAUGAAUACUUUUCAAAUGAAAUCUGAAUAUAUGGAUUCAACAUGGUGGUGCCGUGUGAAACGCUUCUUUGCUAAAAAGGAGUGUUUGCAUGAGAUAGAAGAACUUGCUAACUCCUUGAUGGCUAAAUGCAGUUCCUACAUUUGUAAAAAGGUUGAUUCCAAAGGAGACUAUGAUGAUACAUAUUGUGGUGAACUUUUACAGAUUAUCAAUGAAAUGCUUCAACAAUCUGAUGCUCAGAAACUUCCCAUAACAACACGGUUUGAAGUAGAUCUAAAGCUGCACAUUUUGGGGGAAGCAGCUCAUGAAUUUCAAAAGAUGCAUGAUGAGUUUAUUAAGGAAAAUGAUCCCUACCUACGCUUAGAGAAACUGAAGCCUCAUUAUUUCUCAAUUUUCAGAGAUCUUUAUCUGGAAAAAGAUGCCCAGCAAAUCAGAGCCAAGGAUUUCUGUGACCAGUGUCUCCAUCCUGCCCUUGUGAGUUAUAUCAACAAAAGACUUGGGAUAGAAAUGGUGGAUGAUAUUCUCAACAGUGCACAGUCCAUUGGGUAUGCCAGUCGGAGCUUCUUCCAGUUCACUGUCCUGAAGGAACUGUUGGAAGAGGGUAAUGUCAACAGUUACGUAAAAUACAUCAGGGCUUAUGAAAAGUUUGUCAAAAACUGGAUCCAGGAACAAAUUUUGGAUUACUAUGCAGAGAAUGAGGGUCUGAAGAAACUGGAGGGAGAGAUUCUCUCUGCAAUAGUAAAGAAAAUUAUAGAAACACUGAAAAAAUUAAAGCAUCAAGAUAUUGAGACAGUCUCAGAAUUUUUGGACAGUUUUUGCAGAGAAAUGCAGAAGGAGUUAGUCAUUUCUAAGGACAGUCUGUUAGGGGUACAGUUUAAGAAUGCAACUGAUCCUGCACAGUUUUCUGCUUGUGUUGAAAACUUCCUUGCUGAUUUGCAACAGCAAAUAAUAUUUGAAUGUGAUAUCCUGGAUCUCCAGUAUAAACUCUCCAAACUGCCUGUGAGCCCGCAGGAUGAGAUCUUCAAGCGGGUGUUUGGCUGUGGGAAGCAGUGUCCUUUCUGCAAAGUCCCCUGUGAAGCUGGAGGGAGUGCUCAUCAAGAGCAUUUUGCAACUGUCCAUCGGCCUAAAGGACUGGGAACAUACAGAGAAAUAGUGUCAGAAAAGCUUGUUUAUGGUAUCUGUUCCACUGCUGUGGCUUCCAACGCUGAGUUCAAAAAUCAGGACACAAAUUGGGAACUCUAUCCAUACAAAGAUUAUCGUUCAUAUUAUCCAGACUGGUGCAUCCAACCAGAUCCCAGUAUCAAUGCUUCAGAUUACUGGAAGUUUGUUUUGAACAAAUAUAACCAUGAUUUUGCAAGAAUAUAUGAAGCUAAACCAGCUGAUCUGCCAGAGGACUGGAAAAACAUUACUGAAGAACAAGCACUGAAGGCCUUAAAGGACAUUUAUAAUAUGAAGUGA